CAUGUAACAACCCAAAUAAGUAAACACAGAAUAGCUUUGAAACAAUGCGGAUGGGUACUUAACAUUUUGGCCUUCGAUAUUGUUAAUAAAAUAUUGUGGAACGGAUUCUUGUUAAAAAAGUUGAUUUCAUGCAAACGUGCAGACUUGCGAUGGUUGUUGUUGAGCAUACUAUUUAUUGAGAAUUAUCUGUGUUAUUAAAACAAUAGGUGCAAUUUAAGCAAAAUGGAAACUUUGAGCGAAGAUUCAAACUCUUCUGUGGGAAGCUAUCAUAGCAAUAACAGCCCUAUAAACUUUUCUAAAAAUCAGGGCCAUAUGUCCACAAAGGCAUCAGCAUUUUCUAUAGACGCAUUAAUCGGAAAACGGACAUUAGCGCAGAUGCAUACAAAUGACAUUCCGUCGGCACUGAAUGGUCAUAUUUCCGACGAUAAUGACCAUGAUCGUGAAACACCCUCCGUUCCGUGCUGUGAUUCGCCGCCGACGAAAAGGCUCAAACAUUCCGACGGCGUGGCCCUUGCUCCGCUAGAGCGCCUAGUGGAGACGGCGACCUCACUGAGCUCCCAGAAAUCACCGGUCACAGAGGACCUCUCCAGUCCCCGGAAGGGGGACACGCCCACAUUUCCGGUCAAAGCACCAGCACGGGACGCAGACACAGAUGAUGUUGACGUAGCAAGCGAAGCGGCGCCGUCACCAGAGUGCUGCCAGGAGCUCGCGGACGUCCAGUGUUGCCUGGAGACGAAGGAACUCUGGGACAAGUUCCACGAGCUGGGCACGGAGAUGAUCAUCACCAAAACCGGAAGACGAAUGUUCCCAACUGUGCGCGUGUCCUUCACGGGCCUGGAACCAGACACGCGCUACUCAGUACUCAUGGACAUAGUUCCGGUGGACAACAAGCGCUACCGGUACGCCUACCACCGCUCCUCCUGGCUCGUGGCCGGCAAGGCGGACCCGCCACUUCCCACUAGGUUUUACGUGCACCCGGACUCCCCGUUCUCCGGCGAGCAGCUUAUGAAGCAGACUGUCUCCUUCGAGAAACUCAAGCUAACAAACAACAUGCUGGACAAAAACAGCCAGAUAAUCCUGAACUCUAUGCACAAGUACCAGCCGCGCAUCCACAUCGUGCGGAAGCGGGACACCACCCCCUGCCUGCCGUCCGUCACGAGCCUUGACGCCGAGGAAUUUAAGACGUUCGUCUUCCCAGAAACCACCUUCAUCGCCGUCACCGCAUACCAGAACCAACUCAUUACAAAGCUGAAGAUCGACAGUAACCCGUUCGCCAAGGGAUUCCGGGAUUCCACCCGGCUGACGGAGUUUGACAGUUUCUACCCGGGUAGGGACGGGAUGGAGGGGCUGAUAUCCCAGCACAGCUACGCCCGCUCCCCGCUCAGGGCCUACACCGAGGCGGAGAUUGAAGAGUCGCUCAAACAACACAGGGAAAUGAUGGCGAGAGAAGAUCCAUCAUCACUAGAGAAGCAAGGAUUGAUGACGUCACCUUGGUCAAUGUGGCGUCCAUUACCUACUUCAUUACUCGGGGGUUCCCCAUAUCCGCCGACAGACAGGUCUUCUUUGUACGCACUGUAUGGUGGACUUUUUGGACUAAACAACUCAAACUUUAUGUUCCCCGCACUGGGGUUGCACCCUUUUAUGGCUGCAAAUAAUUUAAAUUCAAUGAGACUGAGAGGAGAAGGAGUUUCAGCUACGUCUGUGUACAAUUCAGAUGGAAGCCCCAACGCGCAUGCGCAGUUGCAUUACCCUAGCGCCCUCUAUAGGUAUCACCCGUAUUUGACCAAUGAGAAACUGGCUGCUCAGAAAACAUCUACGUCAUCAACAGAAUCAUCGCCUUCAAGCAUAGACGGGGGAAGACCUUGACACACUUCUUUCUAAAAUAGUUCCAAGUGGUGAAAAAUUAUAUUCAUUCUUGAACGUUUAGUCAUUAUUGUAUUGUGAUUGUGAUAUUUAUUUGUAAAUACAACGGUAGUUUUAAUAUAUAGAAAACAGUUUCUGUACUUAAGUGUGAUUAAAGUCCUAUAUUAGGUUGUCUCAAGAAUACAUCAAAAGAAAAGAUCUCUUGUUUGGGUGUACAUAAUUAAACGCAUACUAUACGAUUUCCUUAUAUACUUAUGUAUGUAAGGAGUAGGUUUUAACUGCACAAUAUUUUCUUCACAAACUUAACCAGUUCACUUAAGCACAGUUGUUCGAAGGUAAUUUAAAGAGCCAUUUUAUACUUAUAUAUUUUUUAAUUUAUUCCAAAAAAGAUUUUUAGAAAUUAAUAAUAAACAUUUUUUUUAACAAGGCUGUGGAAAAAAUAACCGAGCUUAUGUUAUGACAAAUUCUUGUGAUUUCGGCUAUCAAAAAAUAACAGUCAAUAUAAUGCGUCUCCCUGCCUCACACCCGUCAAGACGCAAUUUCACGGCCACUGAGGACAAUUGACAAUCAAACAAAACAAUACUAUUUUUCAAUUUCGCAAGUCAGUAAAAACUCAAAGGCUUUUCUCCAGUGCUCGCAGUAAUUAUGUGUAGUUUUAGGACAAGAAAAUAAGGAAUUUCUCCUAUUAUGCCUGAUAUUUAAGAAACAUAUAAGAAUAUACUCAAGAAAAACAUUGCAGCUUUCUGCUUUCUAGAUGCGUAUUUUAUACUAUUUUGUAUAACUGUGUCUGUUCCCGCUUUGCUAGUUAAUGUUGAAAUGAGUAUUUGUUAGAUCAUCGACAUUGUGUUAAUACAUUGGACUUUUUGUACUGGUCAUGUUUUUCUAAGAAAAGUACCAUUGUUUUCCAUUGCGAUUGUUAUGUUUUUUCAUUUAUUGAUAAUCCAUUUCUAACAAUAUUAUAAGUAUGAAUUCACAAUGUCGUCAAAUCAUCGAUUAAUCUCAAAUACUCCGUACACAUCGGUGGUGGUUUUAGGGACCGAGAUUUACCGGAAGUGACAGCUGACUGAUUGCCAAUUCCCACCAGUCGCUCUGAGUUUGUCCACGAUGAAAACAAUCAUUUUGGGGCAGCCGAGUGUUAAAUCGAAUAAGAAUUGCAUUUAGUAAGUGUUAAACUGUGUGAAAUUGACAAGAGAACUUCAAACAGUUCUUGUGAUUUCCGCAUUCGCCUGUUUAUUCAGAAACUUGGUCUGGGGAAACUUUGAUUGUUAUUUUCUUGGUUAAUUUUGCUUGAAUUGAUUAUUUUCGAUUCUUUGCUUUAGACUGAUUUGUUACUGAUUUAUACAGAUGACUUGAUUGAUUCUUGCCAUAUUUUGUACAGAAGCUAUUUAUUUUAUACCAUGUUUUGUUGACUAUUCACUGCAUACAGUAAUAAAGAGAAAAAAACACA